CGCCCACGGGACCCCCCGGCGCCCGCCGCCCGCCGUGCAUGAGGCUGCGACGCAGUACGCAGGACCCGCGUCCGCAGCGACACCCCUUCCGAUGUCCCGGCAUGAGGCUUCUCCGACAACGGUGCAACCCGCCAGCAACCACCGCCCCAACGCCUGCUGCUUCUGCUGGUGCUGCUGCUGCAGCUGCUCGUGGAACGAGGACCGGGAGCGAGCAUGGAGGGCGUCUCGGGAGACCAAACUGGAGCCCAUCCCAAACUGUGAAGCCUGCGCCAGGCCCACGGCCGAGGAGGUGCGGGGCUGGGCACAGUCCUUCGACAAGCUGAUGAAGAGCCCGGCGGGUCGCAACGUCUUCCGGGAGUUCUUGCGGACUGAGUACAGCGAGGAGAACAUGCUCUUCUGGCUGGCGUGCGAGGAGCUCAAGGGCGAGUGCAACAAGCACAGCAUCGACGAGAAGGCCCGCACCAUCUACGAGGACUACAUCUCCAUCCUGUCGCCCAAAGAGGUGAGCCUGGACUCGCGCGUGCGGGAGGUCAUCAACCGCAAGAUGCAGGAGCCGUCCUCGCACACGUUCGACGACGCGCAGCUGCAGAUCUACACGCUCAUGCACAGGGACUCGUACCCCCGCUUCCUCAACUCGGCCAUCUACAAGGCGCUGCUGCAGGGCGCCUCGCGCUCCUCCUCCGAGUCCUAGGCCCCGCCGCGACCCCCUUUUUAGCUUUUGACCCAGGAACUGGCUCAAGGUGCCGCGUCCGGACAG